AUGACUGCGGUGACCUCCUCCAGAGCCGGUGUCUCGCCAUCCAACUCCCCACGACUCCCUUCUCCUCCCCCUAUCCCAGAGGUCCAAUUCGGCCCGAAAAGUCCAGGAAUCGGCGACACCUCCGCCGAACUAUCUCUGGAUGCUACUUCGAGGCCAGAUGAAGGAGCUGGACGACGAAUAAGACCUGGCACAAGAUCCUCAGAUAUGGUGGUUGGGCCCCCUCUUGUGCCGCUGAGUCAGUUAGACUCGCCUUUUCAACUUCAAGAACAUCUAAAAGCUCUCUAUUCGCACCUCACACAUACUUCAAGCUCGACGCAUACCAUUCCUAUUUCAAAGGAGACUGCUUUACAACUGGCUACACCUCCUCAGAUCAACGAGACGGAAAAUGUGGAUAGGAAUCUAUGGCUCUAUGAACUCUGUAGAUUCCUUACACAAAAGGCGAACAUCGUCUCCAUCUUUUUGAUGAACGACAACCCUCCCUGCUCAAGCCAGACAUGCCCUGAAAUGAGAGCGAGCGAGUGGCAGUAUCUCUGUGCCGUUCAUGAACCACCAAAAUCUUGCUGUGCCAUUGAUUAUUGCAACCAUACACUUGACUGGGCGGCCAAUGUGCUGACGAGUCCGAAGCACUUCCCGUCCAGGUUGGCACUGGGCGGGGAAGCAGGAAAUGCUAUUCAAAGCAUGCGUCAGCUCACGAAUAUCUUCCGCCGCGUGUAUCGCAUCUUUGCACACGCUUGGUUCCAGCAUCCUGAUGUUUUCUGGUCAGUUGAAGCAACUUAUGGCCUCUACAUGCUUUUCAAGGUAGUCUGCGACGAAUACCACCUCAUACCAGAGGACAGCUACACGAUUCCCCCCGAAGCAGAAGAAGGUCGGGACUUGAGCGAUGAACAAGAUAUUGAAACUGCAUCAGAUGUCGGUCUACGAAUGCAAAUCCUACGUAAAGAUGACCCGUCAGCGACUCCCGCAGAUGAUGAAAAUACCCCAUCAUCUGAGGCGUCAGGUACAGCUGCAGCGACGACGGCCAGCACGGCGGCAACUGCUCGUCGCCAUAGACAUACUCCGAGUACAGGCAGCCAUGUUGCCCCUAUCGCGGAAGGGCACGAGGAAGAUGAAGAAGUGACCAGUGCGAUUGUUGUAUCUAAGAUCUCUUCACAGCCGUUCAGUACGCCGAUUGAGCUGACCGAAUCGGCGCCGAAAAAGAAUCAUUUCCCGGCCGAUGGCCAGCUACCCAGGUUGGACAUCAGUGCCGCAAUUCCACAAUACGAACCUCCUGCCCCUGCAGAACCUACCCCCACAGGUAACACUGAGGAUAUCGAUCCUCUAUCCGCAAACCCGCAGCCAGAUGCACAGAAAACUAUAAGUGUACCUGCCGAACUACAAACGCCUGUGACGGAAGAAAAGCAAGAAGAUGAACAGGAAGUGACCUCUCCUUCGGGCGGAAGCAUUCGCACAGGAGGUUCCGACCUCCUGAAAGCGAUCCUCGGACAUAUCAGUGAUGCCGACGACGAUGCGGACGACGAGGACGAAACGAAGCAUGGCCAGACUUCUGAACAGACAAUCUCUGUCGAACAAGAGGGCUCAGAGGCUCCUGGAUCCACGGUGGUUGUCCAGAAAACCGGUGUUGGAGACGAAGGAGAUGCAGGAGAUGAAGGAGAUGAUACGCCGGCCAAGGAGGACAUUCCCAACGAGGUGGGAAAGACAAACAAAGACGAAUAG